AUGUCGUACUACGCUAAUCACAAUUCUCAAGGCGGUUUCUACCAGCCAUCACAGCAGUUUCAGUUCCCACAGGGCGCGAUGUCGUUCGACCCGAGUGGGUCUGGCGGUUUGUCGAACAGCAGCCCCGCAAACUUUACAAACGAGCAGCUCCCCAACGGGAUCAUCAAUGCGCUCUCUACGCGCGGCUACUCCUUUGAGCCGCCGUUGUUGGAGGAGCUAGGGAUAAAUUUCGGCCACAUUCUUACAAAGACCAAGUUCGUACUCACACCUACCACGUCCGUCAACUUACCUCUGGAGAUCUUCAACGACACAGACCUUUCGGGCCCGCUCCUGUUCUGCCUGGUCUUUGGCACCAUGCUGCUCACCGCGGGCAAAGUGCACUUCGGCUACAUAUACGGCGUUGCGCUGUUCGGCUCGCUUUCGCUGUACCAGCUUCUGCGCCUGAUGAGUCAGCCUGUGAGCCCGGCCAGCCAAACCGCGAGCCCCAGUGCGACACCGGUUCCGCACGCCUCCAAUGCCGUUUCGUUCCUCAAGACCGCCUCCAUCCUGGGCUACUCGUUUCUGCCCCUAUGUUUUCUGGCCACUGUCGGCGUGUUCUGCUCCCUCAACAACUGGUUUGGCUACAUUCUAGGGCUGAUUUCGGUCGUAUGGUGCACCUGGUCGUCCUCCGGGUUUUUCAUAUACUACCUUCAGCUACACAACGUCCGCGUGCUCAUCGCGUACCCUCUGCUGAUCUUCUAUAGCGUCUUCGCGCUGAUGGCCAUCUUCGUAUAG